GCACCAGCACCAAGCAGCGUAGCAGGAGGACCGACAGUACCUAACAACAACGAAACGACUUACACAAGCAGCAUACAUCAUACGCCUUUGCCCCCGUUACGCUGCCCCUCGUUCGUUCGCUGUGGUCUUUUGUCCCCGAACGCACCAGCAGACACCACCACCACCACGACAUCCGACGAAAGGCAGCAAGCAGUGUGCAAGAGGGCCCGGUACCUUUUUACCUACAUAACACAACCAACACAACAGACACGGGCACCGGCAACGACGCCCCUCCUCCUUCGGCCUCUCUCUUUUUACAGUGUAGCCAGCGCGCAGUGGCCUCAUUUCCGGGCUUACUGCUGACCUGACCUGGCCUCCCUGUCGCCCUUGUCAUUCAGCCUGCUUCCCAGCCGUGCGCCUUCAGUCGCUCGACCACGAUGAAUAAACUAGCAAACAUGCGUCACUGGCCCGAGAGGAUGAGCCCCAACUUUGGCAUGUCGCGGUCGUCAAUGGGCAUGCCGCAAAUAAUGCACCAGCCCAAGAUCGCUCCCCAGGGUCCUCCACCAAUCUCGAAUCCCCAGCCUCCCGAUGCCAUGAUUCACUACACGUUCAACGUCCACUUCGCCUCCGAUCUCGCUGGCCCCGACACCGAGGACAUCCUCCACUCGACCACGGAUGCCGUUUUGAGAUGGACACAUCCCGAGGAUGCCCCCGAUGACGUUCCCGUGUGGCAGCUCCCCGUGCACACCCAGAAUGUCGAGAACCUGCGCCGCCGUUGCGAGGACCUCACCAACAACCCCAUGCCCAUCGAGGCCCACGUCAACGCGACCACCCCCAAGAAUGGCCGCAACCAGAUUGUCACCGUGACUCUGUCAGGCACUGCCGAUUGUGUUUACAAGACUCGGGAAACCAUCUUGAACGAGACACCCUCUCUGAUGCGCUGCACCCAUGUUGAUGUUGACGGCCACUUGGUCGCCGAUCUCACAGAGGGCCGCCUGAAACCGUCCGUAACUGCCUUCCUGGACGAGGUCUCCAAGUUCUGUGGUGUUGAUAUCUUUCUUCUGGGCCCCAAGCUCACUCCCCUUGAGGACGGACUGAAUGGAGGCUUGUCCAUGCGCAGAGACCAGCGUUGGAGGGUCGCCAUCUACGGUGACCACAUUUCUGCUGAGCACGCCAAGUCCCGUGUGCUUAUUAAGAUCGACCAACUUCUUGGGAGAAUCGUUGAUGCUGUCCAGAUCGACCUGAGCGUGCAACCGCUUCUGUGUGGCCGAAACCGGAAGAACAUCAAACACAUCGAGUCUGCCACCAACACGGCUAUCUACUUCCCUCCGUGCUUCUCCCACGCCUAUGGAUACUGCCCCCCUGGUGCCUUACGCCGUAACCCCGACGAGGUCUUCAUCACUGGCGAGACCCCCGAGGCCAUUUCGCAAGCCAAGACGCGGAUCCAUCAGAUCCUGACAACUAUCAGACUCUUUGUCAAGGAUGUUACCAUCGCCAUGCCCAAGAUUGACAGCAUUUUGCUGGGUCGGAUGGACAAGGUGCGCAAGAUUAUGGAGACCAACAGUGUCUUCAUCAUGCUCCCUCCGCUUGCCUCCAGACAAGGCACGAUUCGUUUCCAGGGUCCCGAGAACCUCCAUGUCGAGCGUGCCAUCCGCGAGCUCAUGUCAUUGGCCGGCCAAUUUUACCAUGCAUCCUGGUGGAUCAACCAGCCGGAUCCUCGCCUGCUUCCCAGCGCUCAGGAGAUUCGAGCCUUGCUCAGCGAUGUUUGCGCCAACUCCGAUGCCGAUAUCGCCUUCGACAAGGUCGCCUUUACGCUUACCGGCUCUGAUGAGGCCGUCAAGGAGGCUCUCCAGGUCCUGUCGGACAUCAAGUUCGUGACCACAGUCCAGCACCAGAUUCGUGUCAAGAUUGAACUCGCCAAUGAGCACAAGGAAUUUGUGAGCGGCAAGAAGAACGGCAAGAUCAACAAGAUCAUGAGCCACUGCAAUGUUCAAAUCGUUUUCGACAACUUUGGCGAGUACAACUUCAACAUUGACGUCUUGGCACACAACUACACCUCGAUGAAGGAGGGUUUGACUUUGGUCGAGCAAGAGAUGCCCGCGUCCAUUUCUUUCCACGUCCCGGACCAGUACCAUAAGCGUAUCAUUGGUAUCGGUGGCCAGCAUAUCCAGCGCAUCAUGAAGAAGCACUCCGUGUUUGUCAAGUUCUCAAAUGCCAUGGAUCGGGGAGGAAUGGGCCGUGAUGAUGAUGACAGCCGUGUUGACAACGUCAUUUGCCGGACUCCGGCCCGCAACGCCCAGAAUCUCGAGCUCGUAAAGACCGAGAUUCUGGAGAUGGUUGAUCGUGAGGACUCUGAGAUCACCACGCAAACCGUCAACGUCGAUCGUCUAUACCACCGUCAACUCUUGGCCCGUCUGCCCGAAAUCGAAGUGCUGGAAAAGAAGUACAACUGCAAGAUCAGCUUCCCCAGCACCGAACAGGCUAGUGAUGAGGUGACUGUUCAGGGACCUCAGUGGCAGGUCCCCAUGUGCGCUGACGAGUUCUUGGGCAUGGUUCCGGACAAGCACGAGGUGGUUUUGGAGCACUCUGAGCCUUUGGUCAAGUUCCUCGAGUCCCCCGAAUUCCUCCAGAAUAUUGUUCCCAAGCUGAAGUCUCAGCAUGAGGUCCAAGUCUCUGUGCACGAGAACACCGAGGACCGCGCAGCUGAUGCCGCCCCCACGGUCACUUUGCUGUGGGCCUUUACCCGCAACAAUGCCGGUGGCCUGCGCGACGCUAUGGAUUUUCUCCAUAGCCAGUUUGCUACGGCUGGAAUUGAGCCAGUCGUCAUCAAGGGUGCCAUUCCCCGUCCCCGAUCUGACACGUUCGAAGAGGCGCUUCAGUAUUUCGACUCUAAGAUUCUUCAGCAUGUGGCUGCCCCUGUUGCUACGGAUGCGCCUGCGACGCCUACGUUUGGCGAAGACCUUGUCCGUGAGCGCAGCAACAUUUUCGACCGCCUCCGCAAGCCCGGAAGCAUGUCUCUUUCCUUCUUGGACCGCAGAAAGAACAGCUCUCACUCUGCAACCAAUUCGUUCUUCAAGGGUUCCGCCAAUGUCUCCAAGACUUCGUUGAUUUCGAUUGAAUCAUCCCGGAGCUUCAACGCUGAUCGUAACCCGUGGAACGAUAGCGGUGUUAACCUCCCGGAUGACGACAACAACCCUUGGGGCACUUCGCGUGUAUUCGAACCCAACGGCCUCAUUCACAAGCUGGCCAUUCCCAUGGGUGGAGAUUCUACUCCACGCCACGGCACCCGCCAUUCUGGUGACAGCGGGCGCCCUUCUACGUCUCAUUCUACGAAUUCAGGAUACCCCGGCCCUCUUUCUGGGCCAUUUCGUUAAGUUCA